AUGAACCGUUUGGCGGGAGAUCUCGGUUCAUCGUGGCUCCUGGUGAACGUAGCCACGGUGUCCUACUUCCGCGUCCAAUACGACACGGACAACGUGGCCCUCCUGACGAGUCAGCUGCUAAAGAACCACACAGUCUUAAACAUGAACAGCAGGGCCAAAUUCCUCGACGACAUGGUGGCGCUGACAGUGAGGCGCAUGGUGUCCAUCGAUGCCCUGGUGGGACUGCUAACAUAUCUGCAGAAAGAGGAGAGCUGCGCGGUGUGGCAGCUGUACACGAGGUCCGCCCGUGAGGCCCUGGUCGAGUUUUCGGGUCGAACGGAGUACAGGCCUUUCUACCUGAGGAACCAGGAGAUCUGCAUGCUCGUACAACUGGAACCGACGGGCAGCCCGUGUCUGCAAGCGAUGCGCUGGAAAACUUGCUGCUUCUUCGACAUGUGCACGUUGCCUGCGCCUAUGGCGCGAAUCCGGCGCUAG